AUUGUACAGGCAGUACACAGAACAUUGGAGGCUAUGCUGAAAUCGAGUACUCGUAAGAAAGCUGUUUUAGAAUUACUAUAGACCUAUGAAGAUCUCACAAAGGGUAAAGCUCAGAUCUAACACACAGCAAGUACAAACCAGGUCCUCUGGAAAUGCUACAACCAGCGAGUCCCCUAUCUAAAUCGCGAGGCUAACAGUAACACUCUUUUAUCGAUAGGUUUUGGAAAAUGAAGAGGCUGUCUCGCAAAUUUACUUUGGUGUUAGCAGCGGUGCUAUGGGUCGCAGCUGUGAUGUAUUUUUUGUUAUUAAAUAAACGAAAGGUGGUGGGUUUAGGAUCUGAAGCGCAGAAUGGAAAGCUGUCAGAUGCGGAAUGGGAUGACCUCCUGGAUGAGUUUGAUGAGAGGAAUUAUCUCAGUGCCCGCCGAUGGAAGCCUGGCCAGGAUCCAUACAAACAGUAUGCCUUUAACCAGCGGGAAUGUGAACGGAUACCUAGCAAUCGGGCUCUCAGGGACACGAGGCAUUACAGAUGUACGACAUUGCACUAUACCCCAAACCUUCCCUCUACUAGUAUUAUCAUCACCUUCCACAAUGAGGCUAGGUCUACUCUUCUGCGGACUGUCAAGAGUGUGCUCAACAGGACCCCUGUCCAUCUCAUUCAUGAAAUCAUAUUAGUUGAUGACUUUAGCAAUGAUCCUAAUGACUGCCAGCUAUUGAUCAAGCUGCCCAAGGUGAAGUGUGUGCGUAAUGACCAAAGAGAAGGGUUAAUCCGAUCCAGGGUGCGUGGUGCAGAUUCAGCUGUGGCGGGAGUGCUGACCUUUCUAGACAGUCACUGUGAGGUUAACAAAGACUGGCUUCCCCCUCUCCUCCAGAGGAUAAAGGAGGACCCAACCUGCGUGGUGAGUCCUGUGAUCGACAUCAUCAACAUGGACUCUUUUGCCUAUGUUGCAGCUUCAUCUGAUCUCCGUGGAGGGUUUGACUGGAGCCUGCAUUUCAAGUGGGAACAGCUGUCAGCAGAACAGAAAGCCAGGAGAUCUGACCCCACUGAGCCCAUUAAGACCCCUAUUAUUGCUGGUGGGCUGUUUGUAAUGGACAAAUCCUGGUUUAAUCACUUGGGGAAAUAUGACACAGCCAUGGAUAUUUGGGGUGGAGAAAACUUUGAGAUCUCUUUCCGCGUGUGGAUGUGUGGUGGUAGCUUGGAGAUCAUCCCUUGCAGUCGAGUUGGUCAUGUCUUCAGGAAGAAACACCCAUAUGUCUUCCCUGAAGGAAAUGCCAAUACCUACAUAAAGAACACCUUACGUACAGCCGAAGUGUGGAUGGACGAGUUUAAACAGUUCUACUAUGCAGCUCGUCCAGCUGCCAGGGCUAAACCAUAUGGAGACAUCCAGAACAGAGAAGAACUCCGGAAGAAUCUCAAGUGCAAGUCUUUCAAAUGGUACCUGGAUAAUGUAUAUUCUGAGUUGAAGAUCCCAGAUGAGUCAGACUUCCAGUCUGGCACAAUUCAACAGAGACAGAACUGUGUGGAGUCUCAGAAAUUAGAAGGGCAGGAUUUGCCAGUGGUAAGCCUGGGAACCUGCAUUGGGAGCAAAGGAGUGCCAGCUCUGAAUCAGGAAUGGACCUAUACACAUGUCCAACAACUCCGCCAGGAGCAGCACUGCCUCUCUGUCUACACCACCUUUCCAUCUUCACAAGUUGUGCUCAUUCCUUGCAACCAAGGGGAUGGGAGGCAGAGAUGGCAGAAAUCUGGCUCACACAUUGAGCACUUGGCCUCUCACUUCUGCCUGGAUAGUGAAAUGGCUUUGGACAGAAGUGAGGACAACAAGAUGCUUGUGAUAAAUCCAUGUGAGACGGCAGCCUUCACCCAACGAUGGGAACUGGCAUUUUCCUGAAGUAGGCAUCUUUGGUUUAAGGGACUCGAGAUGGAAACUCAAGUCUUAAAUGUCCUAAUUUAUAAACUGGAGAUGUUUCUGGAAUAACCUGGAACUCGACAUCUCAGGUAAUAUUUCAGUUGUUUAUUACUGUAGUUCAGAUACUCUGCAAAAAGAAAUGGGAUAUUGGAGAUCAUUUAUUGAUGAACUGAUGGAACAUACUGACUUUCUGGAGAAUGAGGAUGAAUAAUUCAUACAUUGCUGUGCAGAGGUUGGAAAUCAUCCAUCGUCAUGGUUAAUGGAUUCCGCUAGGUGGUAGUUCACCAAGAUGAAGAAAAGGGUGAGUAUUGUAUUUUGACAAUACCAUCAUCCUUCUACUUGAAGAACUUUUUUCACAGACAACUCAUCUUCUGUGGAGAAACAAUCGGAAGGAUUGUUACUCAAUUCUAAGGACUAUCAUGGUUCCUCUAGUUCCACAGUUUUUGAUAACCAGUGUCGUCUAAGAAAUCUGACCCUGAUUACAGAAAGAAGACUAAGAGCACAUAUUAUAUACAGACUAUAUGCUUUUAAAACAUGCUUUGUCCUGAAAGGAACUGUAUUUCUAUUGCAUAUACUGUAGACCUGUAUAGGACCUUUAUUGAAUAUUUGUCCUCAGUUGCAAUUGGGAAAGCAAUCGGUGAUAAUGAAAUGUACAGAAUGUGAACAUUUGUUACAGGAAUAACUGGUUCUAAAUUGUUUAUGGUAAAUUAAAAGUAAAAAUAUUUGAAUGUU